UUAAAACCUUCCUUUUUAGCUUUGGCCACCAUAUUGUACGCACGUACAACGUGGUCUGUUGUCGAGAAAAGUCAGUAUAUACUGGACUUUUGCUGCUGAGACUGAACCAGACUUGGUGAAAUCGUUGUCUUACUAUAGCAGGAACUAAAUAUUUGCGAAAAUGACAAAUACAAAAGGUUAUCGUCGCGGUACUCGGCACAUGUUUGCCAGGAGAUUCCGCCGCCAUGGAGUCCUUCCUCUGUCUACUUAUAUGAAAGUCUACAAACGUGGCGAUUUGGUCGAUGUUAAAGGUGAUGGAGGUGUACAAAAAGGUAUGCCACAUAAAUCUUACCACGGUCGUACGGGUCGAGUCUUCAACGUAACACAACACGCCGUCGGUGUGAUCGUCAACAAACGAGUGAAGCAUCGCAUCAUCCCAAAGAGAAUCAACCUGAGAAUCGAACACGUGAACCCAUCCAAAUGUCAAGAAGAUUACCGUAAGAGAAUCGUCGAAUGUAGUAAACUGAAAGCUGAAGCAAAAGCUAAAGGAGUCCGCGUUUGUUUGAAGAGACAGCCUGCAGGUCCUGUAAAAAGGCACUUUGUAUCAAUUGCUAAAAAUAAGCCCACAGUCUUGGAACCAAUCCCCUAUGAAUUCGUGGCAUAAAUCUUACAGGGAACACUUCGAUAAAAGGAAGUAAGUUGAUGUGUUGAAUAUAUAUAUAUAUGUAUGUAUAAGAUAUUCCCAUCGUAUUAUCGAACUGGAUUUUAUACUGUUGUCUAUCAAGAGAAAGAUGAACGAACUAAAUAUCUUUACUGACUGACUAUAAUCUGCCAAAACAGAUACACUGCUUCCUUUUAUAUUACAAAUAAAUGUUUGAAGUGAACCAAA